AUGGGUAACACUCGAAGGGGACUGAAAGAGUCUACUGUUAGAUUUGAGGCACGGGCACCAACUAGAGCUUAUGCAAUUCGUGCUCGAGAAGAAACUUCAGCACCUAAUGUCAUCGCUGGUGCGUUUUCUAUCUUUGAUACUAAUGUUAAUGCCUUAAUUGACUCGGGGUCAACGCACUCUAAUGGUUGCAACUUUCUGGUUGAUUUGAUGUUGUUGCCGUUUGAUGAGUUUGAUAUGAUUCUGGGUAUUGACUGGGUUUUAGAGUUGAAAUUAGAGUCAGUUCCGACUGUUUGUGAAUUCAAAGAUGUGUUUCCAGAAAAGUUACUAGAAUUACUACCGGUCAAAGAGGUUGAUUUUUCUAUUGAGUUAAUGCUGGGAACAUCUCCAAUAUCGAUAGCUCCGUAUAGAAUGACACCUACGGAGUUGAAAGAAUUAAAAGCGCAAUUGCUAGAGUUUGUAGAUAGGGGCUUUGUUUGGCCUAGUUUUUCUCCUUGGGGUGCUCUGGUGUUCGUGGCCACGCAAGAGAAUCCGAAAACAAACGAGGAUAAAGAAGAAAAUAUUACUCUAAAGAGGCUAUAG